AUGAAUAUCCUGGAAUGGGCUUUCGGGAAGCGCAUUACGCCCGCCGAGCGGUUGCGCAAGAAUCAGCGGCUCCUCGACAAGGCAAUUCGCGAGUUAGACCAGCAGCGAGUCAAGCUCGAGAAGCAAGAGAAGACGCUCAUUUCCCAAAUCCGCCAGAGUGCGCAAAAGGGCCAAAUGGGCGCGUGCAAGGUGCAGGCGAAGGACUUGGUUCGCACCCGAAGGUACAUUGAGAAAUUCUACGGCAUGAGGAGUCAAUUGCAAAAGGUGUCUCUUCGGCUCCAGACAUACCGAACAAACGAGCAAAUGAUGCAAGCGAUGAAGGGGGCGACAAUGGCCCUCGGCAGCAUGAACCGGACGAUGAACCUCCCCUCCCUCCAACGCAUUGCUAUGGAAUUCGAGCGCGAGAACGAUAUAAUGGAGCAACGGCAGGAGAUGAUGGACGAUGCUAUCGACGACGCCAUGGACGUUGGUCUGGAGGAGGAAGGUGACGAAGUCGUGGAGCAAGUGUUGGAGGAGAUUGGUGUGGACUUGAGCCAAGCGCUCGGCGAAACUCCAUCAGGAUUACAAUCGAACGCCGUCGCAGAGACGAAAAUCGCCCAGGCCGUCGGCGGGGGCGGUGGUGUUGGCGGGGCCGAUCCUGGGGAUGACGACCUCCAGGCACGGCUCGAUAGUUUGCGGCGGUGA